ACAUCGAUGACUGCAGCACCAGCCCGUGUCAUAACGGCGGGACGUGUCGAGACCUGGUGACGGAUUUCUUCUGCGAGUGUAUGAACGGCUGGAAGGGGAAGACGUGCCGCUCCCAACACAGUCAGUGCGACAAGACCACAUGCAACAACAGAGGAACCUGCCAAGACGAGGGCGACACUUUCCAGUGCAGGUGUUCCCCGGGCUGGGAGGGGACGACCUGUAACAUAGCCAAAAACUCAAGUUGUCUUCCAAACCCGUGCGAGAACGGAGGAACCUGCGUGGUGGACAGGGAAUCGUUCACCUGCGUCUGCAAAGAGGGCUGGGAGGGUCCCACGUGCACGCAGAAUACCAACGACUGCAGUCCACACCCAUGCUACAACAGCGGGACGUGUGUGGACGGGGAUAACUGGUACCGCUGCGAGUGCGCCGCAGGCUUCGCUGGUCCAGACUGUCGGAUCAAUAUUAACGAGUGCCAGUCGUCUCCGUGUGCUUUCGGCUCCACCUGUGUGGAUGAGAUCAACGGGUAUCGCUGCCUGUGUCCGCCCGACAGGACCGGAGCGCUCUGUCAAGAAGUGACGAGGAAGCCGUGCUCUGUGAACGGCCACGCCUUCCCCGAUGGGGUCAAAUGGGACGAUGACUGCAACACGUGUCACUGCACCAACGGGAAGGUCGUGUGCACCAAGAUGUGGUGUGGUCCCUCAUCGUGCCACCUGGGGCUCAAAGGUCAUGGCGGGUGUCCCUCAGGUCAGAGCUGCGUCCCCAUCAGGGAGGGUCACUGCUUCGUCAAGCCCUGCGUCGGCUUAGGGGAGUGCUGGCGCUCCAACCCCCCACCGCCCUCCACCAAGUGCCACCCCAGCUCCGGUUUCCAGGACAACAGCUGCGCCAACAUCACCUUCACCUUCAACAAGGAGACCAUGCCUCCGAGUCUGACGGUGGAGGGCGUCUGUAAGCAGCUGAGGCGUUUGUACGUGGUGAAGAAUUUCUCCUUGGAGCAUUCAGUGUCUAUAACCUGUGACCCCUCGUUCUCAGCCGGCAACGAGAUCCACGUCUGCAUCUCGACCGAGGACCAUCGCCUGGACCGGAGCCCCGUCAAGGAGCUCACAGACCGGAUAAUCGACCUGGUUAGCAAACGCAACGGAAACAUCACCAUCAUCACCGCCAUCGCAGAGGUGCGCGUGCCAAGCCCCAACAAAACUGACUACCUGGUGCCCCUCCUCAGCUCAGUCUUCAUCGUCAUCUGGGUCCUCGUGCUGGUCUCCAUCCUGCUGUGGUGCAUGCGUCGCCGGCGGAAACAGGGCAACCACAACGGGACGGCGGUCGCCGGCGCCGAGGACAACACGACCACCAACAACGUGCGCGAGCAGCUGAACCAGAUCAAGAACCCGAUAGAGAAGCCCGCGGGCCUCUCGGUGGCCAUCAAGGACUACGAGAACAAGAACUCCAUCAUCGCCAAAAUAAGGACAAAUCACCCCGAGGGGGACGAGGACGACAAGGAGAGGCACUUACAGAAGGGCCGCUUCGCCAAACAGCCGGCGUACACACUGGUGGAGCGGGACGAGAAGGCGCCCGUCUCCAACGCCAACUCCACGUCCAAAAACCCGAACUGGACUAACAAACAGGACAACAGAGACUUGGAGACGGCCAACAGCAUCAACAGGAUGGACUACAUCGUAUAGCAGACAGCUGUGUUGCCGUGCAACCAAGCCUAAUGCCUUCACACCCCGGUGGUGGGUGGAGCGAGGGGAGGGGGGGGGGGGGGGCGCGGCGGUGACCCCGCAGUAUUCCCCGUGUUAAUUUAAGUUUUGACAAGCUGGCUUACACUGGCAGUGACGGUUGCUUUGGUUGGCUGGAGACACGAGGCACUGGUAAACAUUUCACUGUAGACGUUCUUCCAACAUGUCCGCCUCUGCAUUUCACUUCUUCUUCUGUUUUUAAAACGAGCGGACACGUGGAAAGCGGCGCCCGGCGUGAUUGUUGUGACAAUGACUAAAAAACGACCCGACGUGUUGAAACGACACUCGAGCGAGCUCUUCCCACUUUGUGUUUUCUUUUUCUACACCCGCUUGGAGGAAAGUGCCUUUUCAGCUUUUAGACUUCAGCAACUGUCGAGAAAUGAGAAAAAAAAGAUCAACUCUAUUAUUUAUUUUUAU